UGAAUUUAUCGUCAUACAGUCCGGGUGCGAGCGAGAGCAAGUGCGGAAGAUAAUCAAAAUUUCUCUCGAAAUACUCCUUCAGUGGCAAUAAUCGCAUUGAGAAUCUGAAGAUUUAACAGUUGGACAGACGCAGGGCGACUUCAGGGCAAUCACAGGUGCUGGCUUGUGCCAUACGCCGAGGGAGAGGAUGAAGGUGUCGGCGGAAAACAAAACAAUGUCAUGCGGCAUGGCAAAUGAAGUGAAUGAACUCAAACAACGCAUUUCAAGCUACGAGAUUUCUUAUCACAGGCAUUCACAUUUUCGCUGUGAGUCGGCUGUAGAAAUGGAACAUAGCUAUUCUCGGGACUGGCGACCUGCAGAAAACAGUAAAGUCAUGUCUACGAGAACUAUUAUGGUGAACAGGGCUCCUCAGUGUCCCUCCUGCCACUCCCACACUAAUGAUGAGGGAAUUGAUGUCGAUGAGCAACACAAGUCCUCGGCUUUGCCAUAUGACGAAGAGGAGGCCAUGAAGGCUAUGGAGUACACAACUCAAAUAGCGUACUGUGUGAAGAAUAGUAACUCCGACGAGGAGGACUGGGUAGAGGCAGUGAAUAAGUUUGGCUGGUCCAUUGUGCAGCAGAAUCUGUUUGCGAAGGUGGCCAACAUAUUGGAUCUGGACAGGCUAGCUCGCCUGGCGCGCAAGAGUCGCGAACAUGAGUCCGUGUUUAGGCGGGCGGACAUUGACAAGAGUUGUCAGAGGAUGAGACAGGCUCUGGCCACAGUUGGCUGGGAUAUGCGAUUGACACAGUGGCUGCAUGGCGUGCUUAUGGACCACUUGCCGCCCAGCUACAUGAGUCUCUAUCUUGAUAUUUUGCAGACGCUGAAGGCGAAACUGCCGGCGAUGAUAGACAAGAUGAUCUUUGGUCGAAAUACACACAUCACACACGAUCUCAUGGGGCCUGUGAUGAAGGAGCCAUGGGAGCCCAAGAUCAACCAUAAGAAUCGAAAGCUGCCCAAUCAGCCCAUUAUAAUUAUUCUCCCGAAUGGGCCAUCUGUGAGUCCGGCCAGCAACAGAAUGCAGAAGUGGUUUGCUCUGUUCGCCACAAUGGGCUCCGUGGUGCCCAUAGCCAUUCACGCAGGCGGUGUGGCGAUUCAGAAGCAGGGAAUGCAGACUGUUGUUGAGCAGCUGGUGACGGUGUCGAGGGCUAAGAUUCAGGAUAUACGGGCAGAGUCACCUGGAAGACCGAUUAUUCUCGUGGGUUUCAAUUCAGGAGCUGCUCUGGCUCUGCAGAUCGGAGCUCUUGAGCCAGCCAGCUCGAUUGUGUGCAUGGGAUUCGCCUGUAAUACGAUGCAGGGCGUCAGGGGAUGUCCCGAUGAUAUGAUUCAGGAGAUAACAACACCCAUUUUAUUCGUCAUUGGUCAGAAUUCGGCGAGGACUAGUCAGGAAGAGAUUGAGUCACUGCGUGAGAACAUGAUUGCCCAUACGAGUGUAGUGAUUGUGGGCUCAGCUGAUGACGCUCUGAGGGUGAAUACGAAGAAGAGGCGCAUCGAGAAGGUGACCCAGGCCAUGGUGGACAAUAUGGUGAUGGAUGAGGUGGCAGAGUUUGCCACGACGUGUCUUGUGAGCCCACCAGGACCGAGGCAGACACCUGGCGGAGGACUCAAUCAAUCCACUAUCUUGACAUCUAAUGGAAUUCCUGGUGGAGCGACGGCGGCUGUGCGCAAGAGGAAGAUAACGGGUGAUUCUGAGGGUGGUGAUGAUAAGCCGACACCCACGAAGACGCCGCGGCCAGUGGGACGUCCCAGACUCAAUAAUAAGCCAAUAUUGGGUCGCUCACCGAAGAAGCCCAUCACUGGCCCGGGAAUUGUGCAGCCGACAAGUGAAGCUCUUGAUAUUGCCAUUCAGAGUAUCCUUCCCACUGACGGCGGAAGCGAAGCCACGGACACGAUUAUGUCAACGAGUGAGGUGAUGAAGAACAAGUCACCUAUUUUGACAUCCUACGAGAUUGUGCAGGGGAAGAUCACCCAGAAAGUGGAGAUCAAUCCGAAGAUUGCGAGUGGAGCGGUGAGCAGUUUGGUGUCGCGUUCACCCAAUUCUACGACUAUUUCCGGUGUCGGAGGGACUCCUAUCAUGCUGCCCAUCAUCCAGAGGCCCAAAGUGAAGAUGGUGCCUGCCAAUCAGUUUGUCCAGCUAAAGCCGGGAAAUCUUGAGUCUGUUGGAAGCACAUCACAGGUUUACACUAUCAAGAGUGGAACUACCAUCUCGGCGCCUAGUAAGACACCGCAACUGUACACAAUUAAGACGUCUUCUGGCAAUAAGGUGAUCUCGAUGAAGAAACAAUCGCCACCGGCUCCGCAACUGGUGACAGUCUCUUCAGCUGGUUUGCACAAUAAGUACACCAUCAUGAAGUCCACCAAGUCUGUGGCAUCAUCUGAUGCGGACAAAUCCCAUCCGGACCUGACUAGUACCAAUAUUUUUGAUAUUCCCAUCGUUUUUGCUGAUAACGAGGGGAAUAUCCAUGAGUCUGAAGCGUCCACUGAAGAUGCUGACACUUCUAGUGAGAGCACAGUGAGGGCAUUGAGUCCGCAGAAGGAAUCGGAAUCAUCUCCCAAUACAAGCAGGAUCUUCAACAUCAUUUCCAGCAACAAGACAUCAACGCCUGGCAACAAGGUGGUCUUUAUUAAUCGCAACACGGGCACGAUUAAGCCGAAUAUCAUAUCCAAAAAUGUUCCACCGCUCAAGUACACCAAAGUUGUCGUGUCAUCAUCUCCUGGACAGUCGGGCAUUCGACAGAUGGACACUGGAACUUCUGUGGUCACAAGUCAUUUGCCCAUCGUGACCAACAAGAUGGUAAAAGUGAAAGCAAGUGAGAUUGAUCGCAGUGGUUUGGUGACAUCGCGUCCAAUCCCGAGCUCUAAGCUUCAGCCCAUCAUCAUCAAUGUGGAGGCAGACAAGGCGAGCGCCAGAUCGACAUCGUCAGAUGGCACGUCCAAGAUACCGCACACGAUCUAUUUGAAGCCCAACAGUGGCUCAAUCAGGCAAAUCCCAGGGAUUCUCAAUAAGAAUCUCACAGUGAAGAAGUUGGUCAACAUUGUUCAGCAAAACAAGAAUCGACCAGACGCGCCGUCUGAAUAGUCUGGAUUUAUCUAAUAAUUCUUUUCACUUGUUGUUCCCCGUUGAACUUACAAAUAAAGCGGAGUUGAAAGAACUCCUGGAAUUACAUCUGAAAGUGUAAUGAA